GCCGGCGGCCGGCGAGGGAGGCGGAGGAGAUGCCGGCCACGGAGAAGGUGGCGGAGGACGCGCCCUGGAAGAAGAUCCAGCAGAACACGUUCACCCGCUGGUGCAACGAGCACCUCAAGUGCGCCAAGCGCCUGGGCGACCUGCAGCGCGACCUGGGCGACGGGCUGCGGCUCAUCGCGCUGCUGGGGCUGAGCCAGAAGCGCAUGUACCGCAAGUACCGCGCGCCCAACUUCCGCCAGAUGAAGCUGGAGAACGUGUCCGUGGCGCUGGAGUUCCUGGAGCGGGAGCACAUCAAGCUGGUGUCCAUCGACAGUAAAGCCAUCGUGGACGGGAACCUGAAUGAUCCUGGGCUGGUGUGGACGCUGAUCCUGCACUACUCCAUCUCCAUGCCCAUGUGGGAGGACGAGGACGAGGAGGACGCCAAGAAGCAGACGCCGAAGCAGCGGCUGCUGGGCUGGAUCCAGAACAAGGUGCCCCAGCUGCCCAUCACCAACUUCCACCGGGACUGGCAGGACGGCAAAGCCCUGGGCGCCCUGGUGGACAACUGUGCCCCGGGCCUGUGCCCAGACUGGGAGACCUGGGACCCCAACCAGCCAGUGGAGAAUGCCCGGGAAGCCAUGCAGCAAGCGGACGACUGGCUGGGCGUGCCCCAGGUGAUCGCCCCGGAGGAGAUCGUGGACCCCGACGUGGACGAACACUCGGUCAUGACCUACCUGUCCCAGUUCCCCAAGGCCAAGCUGAAGCCUGGGGCCCCCCUGCGCUCCAAGCAGCUGAACCCCAAGAAGGCCAUCGCCUAUGGCCCCGGGAUCGAGCCCCACGGGAACACGGUGCUGAAGCCAGCCCAGUUCACGGUGGAGACCCUGGAGGCGGGGCUGGGUGAGGUGCUGGUCUACAUCGAGGACCCCGAGGGACACACCGAGGAGGCCAAGGUGGUCGCCAACAACGACAAGAAGCGGACGUACUCGGUGACCUACGUGCCCAAGGUGGCUGGGCUGCACAAGGUCACGGUGCUGUUUGCCGGGCAGAACAUCGACAAGAGCCCCUUCAAUGUCCAUGUGGGCAUGGCGCUGGGCGAUGCCAACAAGGUGACAGCGCGGGGGCCCGGCCUGGAGCCUGUGGGAAACGUGGCCAACAAGCCCACCUACUUCGACAUCUACACAGCAGGUGCGGGCACGGGCGACGUGGGCGUGGUCAUCAUGGACCCGCAGGGCCGGCGCGACACCGUGGAGGUGGUGCUGGAGGACAAAGGUGACAGCACCUUCCGCUGCACCUACCGGCCCAUGCUGGAGGGACCAACCAUCUGCGUCACCUUCGCCGGCACCCAGAUCCCCCGGAGUCCCUUCGCCGUCAACGUCUCCGAAGCCUGCAACCCCAACGCCUGCCGGGCCACGGGCCGUGGCCUCCAGCCCAAGGGCGUGCGGGUCAAGGAGGUGGCUGAUUUCAAGGUCUACACCAAGGGUGCUGGCAGUGGCAAGCUCAAGGUCGUGGUGAAGGGGCCGAAAGGCACGGAGGAGCCGGUGAAGGUGCGAGAGGCUGGCGAGGGAGUGUACGAAUGUGACUACCCCGUGGUGCCUGGCAAAUACGUGGUGGCCAUCUCCUGGGGUGGCUACAGCAUCCCCGCAGGUAAGGGAGGCCUGCGCCCCUUUGAGGUGCAGGUGGCACCAGAGCCAGGCACCCAGAUCAGGGCCUGGGGUCCGGGCCUGGAGACUGGCGUGGUGGGCAAAUCGGCCGACUUCGUGGUUGAGGCGAUUGGCACCGAAGUGGGGACACUGGGCUUCUCCAUCGAGGGCCCGUCGCAGGCGAAGAUCGAGUGCGAUGACAAGGGGGACGGGUCAUGAGUGCGCUACUGGCCCACGGAGCCUGGGGAAUACGCCGUGCAUGUCAUCUGCGAUGACGAGGACAUCAAGGACAGCCCCUUCAUCGCACACAUCAAGCCGGCCACCAACGAGUACUUCCCAGAGAAGGUGAAGGCCUUCGGGCCCGGCCUGGAGCCCACCGGCUGCAUCGUGGACAAGCCAGCGGAGUUCACCAUCGACGCGCGAGCAGGGAAAGCCGAGCUCAAGAUCUAUGCCCAGGUAGGAGGGGCCCCAGUGGGGGGGCUUCCCAUCGACAUCAAGAUCAAGGACAACGGUGACAACUUCCACUGUGUCUACGUGCCCAUCAAGCCCAUCAAACACACCAUCAUCAUCUCCUGGGGCGGGGUGAACAUCCCCAAGAGCCCCUUCCGGGUGACCGUGGGUGAGGGCAGCCACCCGGAGAAGGUGAAGGUGUACGGCCCUGGCGUGGAGAAGACAGGGCUCAAGCCAACGAACCCCUACUUCACUGUGGACUGCAGCGAGGCUGGGCAAGGGGAUGUGAGCAUUGGGAUCAAGUGCGCUCCAGGCGUGGUGGGGCCAGUGGAGGCUGACAUCGAAUUUGACAUCAUCAAGAACGACAACGACACGUUCACAGUGAAGUACACGCCGCCAGGCGCUGGGCGUUACAUCAUGGUGCUCUUUGCCAACCAGGUACGGACUGGUGCCAGCCCCUUCCGCAUCAAGGUGGACCUCCACGACGCCAGCAAGGUGAAGGCUGAGGGGCCCGGGCUCAGCAGGACAGGAGUGGAGGUUGGGAAACCCACCCACUUCAGGUUCACCAGGUGCGCCGGCAAGGCCACGCUGGACGUGCGUUCGCUGGGGCGGCAAAGGGUCCCGGCCGUGCGGGACUACGAGAUCAUCGAUAACCACGACUACUCAUACACCGUCAAGUACACCGCCGUCCAGCAGGGCAAUCUGGCUGUGACAGUGACGUAUGGGGGACCCGUGCCCAAGAGCCCCUUCACCGUCAGCGUGGCACCUCCCCUGGAUCUCAGCAAGGUCAAAGUGCAGGGACUCAACAACAAGGUGGACGUGGGCAGGGACCAGGAGUUUGCGGUGAACACACGUGGUGCCGGGGGGCAGGGCCAGGUGGACGUGAAGAUCACCUCGCCCUCCCGCCGGCCCAUCCCCUGCAAGGUGGAGACGGGCACCAGCAACGACAUCCACACCGUCAAGUACAUGCCCCCUGAGGAGGGGCCCUACAAGGUGGACGUGGCCUAUGAUGGGCACCCUGUGCCGGGCAGCCCCUUCGUCGAGGGGGUGAUGCCUCCGGACCCGUCCAAGGUGUGCGCCUACGGGCCGGGCCUGGAAGGCGGCUUCGUGGGCAAGCCGGCCCCCUUUGCCAUCGACACCAAGGGCGCGGGCACUGGCGGGCUGGGCCUGACGGUGGAGGGCCCGUGCGAGGCCAAGAUCGAGUGCCAGGACAACGGGGACGGGUCGUUCGUGUCCUACCUGCCGACGGAGCCAGGCGAGUACUCCAUCAACAUCCUCUUUGCCGAGUCCCACAUCCCCGGCUCGCCCUUCAAGGCCAACAUCCAGCCGCUCUUCGACCCCAGCAAGGUGACGGCCAGCGGGCCGGGGCUGGAGCGCGGCACGGCGGGUGAGACCGCCACCUUCCUAGUGGACUGCUCCAAGGCGGGCGAGGCCGCGCUCACCAUCGAGAUCGUCUCCGAGGCGGGGGUCAAGGCCGAGGUGGUGAUCCAGAACAAUCGCGACGGCACCUACACCAUCACCUACAGCCCUGCCUUCCCCGGCACCUACACCAUCACCAUCAAGUACGGCGGGCACCCCGUGCCCAAGUUCCCUGCCCGCGUCAACGUCCAGCCCGCCGUCGACACCAGCGCCGUCAAGGUCUUCGGGCCUGGUGUGGAGCCGCGAGGUGUCCUGCGCGAGGUCACCACCGAGUUCACCGUGGACGCCCGCUCGCUCACCAAGACGGGCGGUAGCCACAUCAAGGCGCGCGUCAUUAAUCCCUCGGGUGCCAAGAGAACCUACCUCACAGACAACGGCGACGGGACUUACCGCGUCCAGUACACGGCCUACGAGGAGGGCUUGCACCGGGUGGAGGUGACAUAUGACGAGGUGCCAGUACCCAAGAGCCCGUUCCGCGUGGCCGUCGCUGAGGGCUGCGAGCCCAGCCGUGUGCGCGCCUACGGCCCCGGCCUGGAGGGGGGGCUGGUGAACAAGUCCAACCGCUUCACCGUGGAGACCAGGGGCGCUGGCACCGGCGGGCUGGGCCUGGCCAUCGAGGGGCCCUCGGAGGCCAAGAUGUCCUGCAAGGACAACAAGGACGGCAGCUGCAGUGUGGAGUACAUCCCCUUCACGGCCGGCGACUACGACGUCAACAUCACCUUCGGGGGGCGCCCCAUCCAAGGGAGCCCCUUCCGAGUGCCCGUGAAGGACGUGGUGGAUCCCAGCAAGGUGAAGUGCUCGGGUCCCGGGCUGGGGGCUGGCGUCCGGGCCCGUCCCCAGACCUUCACCGUCGACUGCAGCAAGGCUGGGCUGGCGCCCCUAGAGGUGACCGUCCUCGGGCCCUCAGGCCUGGCCGAGCCGGUGGACGUGCGGGACAACGGGGACGGCACCCACAAGGUGAACUACACCCCGGCCAGCGACGGGCCCUACACCGUGGCCGUCAAGUACGCCGACCAGGAGGUGCCGCGCAGCCCGUUCAAGAUCAAGGCACUGCCCGCUCACGAUGCCAGCAAGGUGCGGGCCAGCGGGCCAGGCCUCAGUGCCGCGGGCAUCCCCGCCAGCCUGCUGGAGUUCACCAUCGACGCACGUGACGCCGGCGAGGGGCUGCUCACUGUGCAGAUCCUGGAUCCUGAGGGCAAGCCCAAGAAGGCCAACAUCCGGGACAACGGGGACGGCACCUACACGGUGUCCUACGUGCCCGACCUGACGGGGCGCUACACCAUCACCAUCAAGUAUGGGGGCGACGAGAUCCCCUUCUCGCCCUUCCGCACCCUGGCCCAGCCCAGCGGCGAUGCCAGCAAGUGCCUGGUCACAGUGUCCAUUGGGGGCCAUGGACUGGGCGCCUGCUUGGGCCCCACCAUCCAGAUCGGGGAGGAGACGGUGAUCACGGUGGAUGCCAAAGCGGCAGGCAAGGGGAAGGUGACGUGCAAGGUGUCCACGCCGGACGGGGCCGAGCUGGACGUGGACGUGGUGGAGAACCACGACGGCACCUUCGAUAUCUACUACACGGCGCCCGAGCCGGGCAAAUACGUCAUCACCAUCCGCUUCGGGGGCGAGCUCAUCCCCAACAGCCCCUUCCAUGUGCUGGCCACGGACCAGCCCGCCACGCCCGCCGAGAGCCUGGACUCCAUGCUGCGGCCCUUCAACCUCGUCAUCCCCCUCACCGUGCAGAAAGGGGAGAUCACCGGCGAGGUGCGCAUGCCCUCGGGGAAGACGGCCCGGCCCAGCAUCACGGAUAACAAGGAUGGGACGGUGACCGUGAGGUUUGCACCUGUGGAGAAGGGUUUGCACGAGAUGGACAUCAAAUACGAUGGCAACCACAUCCCCGGGAGCCCCCUGCAGUUCUACGUGGACGCCAUCCACCCCCGCCACGUCAGCGCCUACGGGCCCGGCCUGAGCCACGGCAUGGUCAACAGGCCGGCCACCUUCACCAUCGUCACCAAGGGCGCCGGCGAAGGGGGGCUGUCGCUGGCCGUGGAGGGCCCGUCCAAGGCCGAGAUCACCUGCAAAGACAACAAGGACGGGACCUGCACCGUGUCCUACCUGCCCACUGCACCCGGCGACUACAGCGUCAUCGUCCGCUUCGACGAGCAGCACGUCCCGGGGAGCCCCUUCACCGCCAAGAUCACCGGGGACGACUCCAUGCGGACGUCCCAGCUCAACGUGGGCACCUCCACCGAUGUGUCGCUGAAGAUCAGCGAGAGCGAUCUGAGCCUGCUGACGGCAUCCAUCCGGGCACCCUCCGGCCACGAGGAGCCCUGCCUGCUCAAGAGACUGCCCAACCGCCACAUCGGCAUCUCAUUCACCCCCAAGGAGGUGGGGGAGCACGUGGUGAGUGUGCGGAAGAGCGGGAAGCACGUCUCCAACAGCCCCUUCAAGAUCCUGGUGGGGCAGUCGGAGAUCGGCGACGCCAGCAAGGUGAAGGUGUGGGGCAAGGGGCUGGUGGAGGGGCACACCUUCGAGGUGUCUGAGUUCAUCGUGGAUACCCGCACCGCAGGCUAUGGCGGGCUAGGCCUGUCCAUCGAGGGGCCCAGCAAGGUGGACAUUAACUGUGAGGACGUGGAGGACAGAACCUGCAAGGUGACCUACUGCCCCACCGAGCCCGGCAAUUACAUCAUCAACAUCAAGUUUGCCGACAAGCACGUGCCAGGGAGCCCCUUCACAGUGAAGGUGACGGGUGAGGGGCGCAUGAAGGAGAGCAUCACGCGCCGGCGCCAGGCACCCUCCAUCGCCAGCAUCGGCAGCACCUGCGAUCUCAACCUCAAGAUCCCAGGGAACUGGUUCCAGAUGGUGUCAGCGCAGGAACGGCUCACGCGGACCUUCACGCGCAGCAGCCACACGUACACGCGCACGGAGCGCACCGAGAUCAGCAAGACGCGGGGCGGCGAGACCACGCGGGAGGUGCGGGUGGAGGAGUCCACGCAGGUCGGCGGGGCCCCCUUCCACAACGUCUUCGGCGACUUCCUGGGCCGCGAGAGCCUCGGGUCCUUCGGCAGCAUCGCCCGGCCUCAGGAGGGCGAGGCGGGCGCCCCGACCAUGACGGCCCAGGUGACCAGCCCGUCGGGGCAGAUGGCCGACGCGGAGAUCAUCGAGGGCGAGGACAGUGCCUACAGCGUGCGCUUCGUGCCCCAGGAGAUGGGCGCCCACACCGUCCACGUCAAGUACCGCGGGCAGCACGUGCCUGGCAGCCCCUUCCAGUUCACCGUGGGGCCCAUGGGCGAGGGGGGCGCCCACAAGGUGCGGGCUGGGGGCACUGGCCUGGAGAGGGGCGUCGCCGGAGUGCCAGCCGAGUUCAGCAUCUGGACGCGGGAGGCGGGUGCCGGGGGCCUCUCCAUCGCCAUCGAGGGGCCCAGCAAGGCUGAGAUCGCCUUCGAGGACCGGAAGGACGGCUCCUGCGGCGUCUCCUACAUCGUGCAGGAGCCAGGGGACUACGAAGUGUCCAUCAAGUUCAACGAGGAGCACGUCCCCGACAGCCCCUUCGUGGUGCCAGUGGCCUCCCUCUCUGACGAUGCCCGCAGGCUGACGGUGACCAGCCUCCAGGAGACGGGGUUAAAGGUCAACCAGCCAGCGUCCUUCGCGGUGCAGCUCAACGGGGCGCGGGGCGUGAUCGACGCCAAGGUGCACACGCCCUCGGGCAUGGUGGAGGAGUGCUACAUCUCGGAGCUGGACAGCGAUAAAUCCACCAUCCGGUUCAUCCCGCGGGAGAACGGCGUGCACUCUAUCGACGUCAAGUUCAACGGGCGCCACAUCCCGGGCAGCCCCUUCAAGAUCCGUGUGGGGGAGCAGAGCCAGGCUGGGGACCCAGGCCUCGUCUCAGCAUACGGCCCGGGCCUGGAGGGUGGCAUCACAGGCGUGUCCUCCGAGUUCUUCGUCAACACCGUGAACGCUGGCUCAGGCGCCUUGGCCGUCACCAUCGAUGGCCCCUCCAAGGUGAAGCUGGACUGCCAGGAGUGCCCCGAGGGCCACCGAGUCACCUACACGCCCAUGGCGCCCGGCAGCUACCUCAUCUCCAUCAAGUAUGGCGGCCCCCAGCACAUCGUGGGCAGCCCCUUCAAAGCCAAGGUCACAGGGCCACGUCUCUCUGGCGGCCACAGCCUCCACGAGACGUCCACUGUCCUGGUGGAGACAGUCACCAAGUCCUCGUCCUCCGUGGGCAGCAGCUUCAGCUCCAUGCCCAAGUUCUCCUCCGACGCCAGCAAGGUGGUGGCCCGGGGGCCCGGGCUCACCAAGGCCUUCGUGGGCCAGAAGAACACCUUUACCGUGGACUGCAGCAAGGCUGGCACCAACAUGCUGAUGGUCGGUGUGCACGGCCCCAAGACACCGUGCGAGGAGGUGUAUGUCAAGCACGUGGGCAACCGGGUGUACAACGUCACCUACACUGUCAAGGAGAAGGGGGACUACGUCCUCAUCCUCAAAUGGGGCGACGAGGGCGUGCCAGGCAGCCCCUACCAGGUCACCGUGCCCUAGCCAGGAGCCAGCACCCGGAGCUGCGGCGCCUCCCCUGGGCACGGCAAGGCGCCCACCCCUUUCCCCUCCUCUCACACUCACACACACACACACACACACACACACGCGUGCGCGCGCUCCCCCGCCCCCAGCCAGUGCCCCCCAAACUCCGUCCCGCCCACGGGUGAAGAGCCAUCAGCCACAGACUCCACUGUCCUGCCCUGCACCAAGGACUGUUCUUGCCAAACAGCACCUGCCAGCUGCCCACAAUGCUCCUCUGCGAGGCUGCCCGCCAGCUGCCCACAAUGCUUCUCUGCGGGGGCACCAGCCAGCUGCCCACAAUGCUUCUCUGCGGGGCCCUGAUAGGGGCACUGAAUUGGGUGAAAGGAAGAGAGGAACUUUUUAUAGUGGUUUUUCAUCACUUCCUCUCUGCUUUCCUCCAGUACUAGCCUAGCUGGAGGGGCAGUGGACAUGACCAGGGCACAGACCGGGCACAGGCAGGGCAGAGGGCAUGGCUACGGUGCAGAGCGGGCACUGGCAGGGCAGAGGGCAUGGCUAGGGUGCAGACCAGGCACAUAUGGGGCAGUGGGCAUGGCCAGGGUGCAGACUGGGCACAGGUGGGCACAGCUAGGGCACAAAAGGGGUGUAGGGCAUGGCUGGGAUACAGACCAGGCACAGAUGGGAAGGAGAGCAUAGCUGGGGAUGUAGAUGGGUGCAGGGCAUGGCUGGGCACAGACUGGCAGAGGGCAUGGCCCAGAGCAUGACAAAGGGCAGAUGAGGUUGUAGACAGGCUAGGUUUGAGCAGAAAAAGGGCCGGGGCAGGAAGCCGCUUUCCCGGGUUGGGGCUCCCGGUUGUACGUGGGCAAGGGGUGAGCUGCUGUGGGGGGGGGAGAGGUCAGCGUGCACCCCAGGGCUCAUCUCCCCGCUCUGAGUGAGAGGCCCAGCCCUGAGGACCAAGGGAGGGGCCUGGGAGGGGCUGGAUAGGUGGGUGCCACCAAGGGACAUGCCAGCCCAGCUCAGGGGGAGAUUGAGGGGCCCCUGCCCCACAGGUGCUGAGAGGGGCUAGGCUGCAAGUGUCUGGGGUCUGCUCCGUGAGCCCAGGGCAGCAUGCCCUGGAGCCGGUGCCAGGAAGGGGAAAACCAAGUGGGCUGUGAUGCCCACCACCCCCCAGGCCGGAGCCCACUGGCCCCAUGCACACAGCCCAGAGAGCCAAGCCCUAGGGAAGUGGGGAGCUCCCAAGGGUGCUGGGGGCCUGGUAGGUGUCUGGUCAUCCCCUGCCCUUGGCUAAUGCCUGCUGUGCCCUUCUGCCCAUCCUUGGCCUCUGGCGCAGCCCACUGCCUCCCUGAGCUGCUCAGGGGCCGAGUUGCUGUCUGGCUCCUGAUGCUUUUUGAAAAAACACGCCCUAAAAAUACCCCCGCCCGGGUGCCCGGCCCCUGGUGCGUGGUCUGCAGGUGCCUCCGGGUCUGUACGUGUGAGGGGAGCCCCUGGUGCUCCCGGCUUCGUUCUCUGCCGAGCGCCGGGGCCGGCCACCCUGCCAGGGAAAUAAAGUGACUUGCUAAG